AUGGCUGCUGCUCAGAGUGGACUAGGGCCGCAUGGAGAUGCGGACUCAUUGAAGCAGCCCAGAUCCCGGAGCAAUGGUACGCAAGAAGACGACAAUCAAGAUCAAAUCGGCUCCAACAGUCCAACUCCUACCGGGAUCUCGACGCCACAGCCCGAUUUAGCGGACAAACGUCUGCCUUCCAUAAACUCCAGUUAUUUCCAGGUUGGUUCUCCCUCUGGUGAUAAGUCCCGUUCCUCAAACACCCGGUCUUCUUCUGAGACUUCUAUUUCCGCGCAAAACCCCCAGUCGGAUACGUCCCCCACAGGGACACGGGAUCGAGGUUCCUCACCCUCGGGCUCUUUCGUUAUGAUGGAGCGCCCUGAGGCUUCGGAUACCCAGUCUUCUACCGCUUCGCCGGACCAGAGCCUUGAGACACACACAUUGCAGCCGGAAACGUUGCCCCCUACGAAUUUGCCUACUCCCCCCUACAGCUCCGCUUGUUCUCUUUUGCAGAAAGAAUCGGAUGAGGCUGAACUGGGCUCCUCUGCCCCAGACAAGGGCAUGAGCUCCAUAUUCAAUACUUUGAAGAAUUACCUUUCCCCCUCCGGAAGCAUGUCUUCUCCUGAACAAACGUCCCGCCGUCACACCUCUCUUCCCGUCUCAAGCGUCUCUGACGAUCCAGUCCUUGCCUCCCAUUUCUCCAAUCCCUCCCUUCUUCCUGCUUCAGAUGCGUUCUGUUUGCCGGAUGCUCCCCUUCUCGAACACGAAAAACCACAUGUGUCUAUGUCUUCUGAGAACCUGGCGAAGCUAACUGGAACUGUGUCGGAUCUCGUGCGUCUAAAGAGUACACCUCCUCUUACUCCUCGAGCAAUGUCCAACGAAGGUUCGCAAACCGACAAGAAGCCGCCCACCUCAUCCCCUCACCCGUCGGAACCUGCCCAGCCGCCGUCUGAGGAAUCGGCGAAUGCAGCCGACGAGAUCGCUGGCAAGCUCAACGAAGCGUUUCCCCCGGAAAGAGAUACUCCCUCACCAACUGGUCCCCCAGUAGCCUCGCUGAAGGGCAAGCUCUACGUGAACAUAUCCGAAGCUAGAGGGCUCCGACCUGGGUUCGACCCUUACGUUGUCUGCGUUUUUGAGUGGAAUGAGGUCAUCUCAAAGAGUGCUCAGGACGAAGAAGCGGCUACCUUGGAACGCCAACAGAAAGAGCAAGAGAAGUCGGACCGUGAGGCUGGACGCCCAAUGGCGAUACCCAUGAAGAGUCGGCAAAGCAGCAACAACAGCGCACUCGAUGGUGAGCCCCGGGGACGUGCCCCAGUAACCGACCCGCAUUGGAACCACGAGGCGGUCUUGUACGUUCAUUCUCCCUCAGAGGUAGAUGUCUCGGUGUAUGAUCGCAAGGAUCAGGAAGCGUUCUUGGGUCAUGUACGCCUCUGCAUUAACCUGAAGGACGACAACAGCCGGCUAGAAGGGUGGUUUCCUUUGAAGUCCCGUGGCGCGGGUGACUCUCAGGUGUCUGGGGAGAUCCACAUGGAGAUGCGCUUCGAGAGGACAGAAAAGAAGCAGGUUGGGCCGAACGACUUCCAAAUCCUUAAGCUCAUCGGUAAGGGAACGUUUGGCCAGGUCUAUCAGGUCAAGAAGAAGGACACGCGUCGUAUAUACGCAAUGAAAGUCCUGUCGAAGAAGGUUAUCAUCCAGAAGAAGGAGGUUGCACAUACUCUGGGAGAGCGGAAUAUCUUGGUCCGAACCGCCAUGGCGGCUUCACCUUUCAUCGUUGGCCUGAAGUUCUCCUUCCAAACACCCACCGAUCUGUAUCUUGUCACAGACUACAUGUCCGGUGGUGAGCUAUUUUGGCAUCUUCAGAAGGAAGGGCGAUUCCAGGAGGCCAGAGCGAAGUUCUACAUUGCUGAGCUCAUUCUGGCUCUGCAGCAUCUUCAUGAUCACGAUAUUGUUUACCGGGACCUCAAGCCGGAGAACAUUCUGCUGGAUGCGAAUGGUCACAUCGCGCUCUGUGAUUUCGGUCUCUCCAAGGCCAACUUGACCCAAAACGACACGACGAAUACGUUCUGUGGUACGACCGAGUACCUGGCUCCGGAAGUAUUGCUUGACGAACAGGGAUAUACCAAGAUGGUCGAUUUCUGGUCUCUUGGAGUUCUCGUAUUUGAGAUGUGCUGUGGCUGGAGCCCAUUCUACGCCGAGGACACGCAGCAGAUGUACAAGAAUAUCGCCUUCGGCAAAGUUCGGUUCCCCCGGGAUGCUCUUAGCACGGAGGGAAGGAACUUCGUAAAGGGAUUGCUUAACCGGAACCCCAAGCACCGCCUUGGUGCCAAGGGCGAUGCGAAGGAGCUUAUGGCACACCCUUUCUUUGACGACGUCGACUGGCAGGCAUUGGGCCGCAAGGAGGUGAUCCCUCCAUUCAAGCCAACGCUCAAGUCCGACACUGACACGUCCAACUUCGAUCCCGAGUUCACGAAUGCGCUCGAGACCAACAACUCACUCAACGACCGUGCAGCUGCAAUCGCCAAUGGGUUCAUGCCGGCGUCGACGCCGUUGUCUCCCGGUCUGCAAGCCAACUUCAAGGGCUUCACCUUUGUUAACGAAAGCUCUAUGGAUCACCACUUUACCAAUGAGCCUGGUGACCACAUGGAAGAGGACACUGAGACUUGGCAACGACCUCAGCAGCCGGCAAGCACUGCUAACCACCGCAUGAGUGGGGUACAGAGGACACACGAGGGCGGCGAGCCCGGUAUCUUCAACGUUGAUGACAAUUUCGACAUGUGA